CCGACUGCGCAUCAACCGCAUUCAUUUCAUGGUGGCCGGAGGACGGAGCAUAAGUCAUGUCUAACCGAGGGCCUAGCUACGGCCUCAGCCGUGAGGUGCAGCAGAAGAUCGAGCAGAAGUACGACACGGAACUGGAGACGCGAUUGGUCGACUGGAUCGCCAAUCAGCUGACCGCCGCGGGGGCGGGACAGGAAGUGGAGAAGCCGUCUCCCGGGAAACAGAACUUCCAGGAGUGGCUGAUGGACGGCACGGUGCUGUGUCGCCUCAUCAACUCCCUCUACCCCCCCGAGACGCCCCCUGUGCGCCGCAUUCCGAAGCCCAAGGCUGCGUUCGCCCAGAUGGAGGCCAUCUCUCUCUUCCUCACCGCCGCCGAGGUGUACGGGGUUAAUAAAGUGGACAUCUUCCAAACCGUGGACCUGUGGGAAGGUAAGGACAUGGCUGCGGUGCAGAGGACCCUGAUGGCGCUGGGCAGCGAGGCGGUCACCAAGGACGACGGCUAUUACCAUGGCAACCGAGAAUGGUUCCGCAGGAAGGCGAAGGGUAAUCGUCGUUCGUUCACGGAGGAGCAGUUGCGUCAGGGGCGGAGCUACAUCGGGCAGCAGAUGGGCGGCCACCGGGGGGCGACACAGAGCGGCAUGACGGGAUACGGAACCCCACGACAAAUACUCUAGAACACCACAGGGCAUGAGCAGCAUCACAGUAUCCAUGACGAGCCCAGAGUGUGUCCAUGGCAACCCAGCAGUACAGUACCGCAUCCCCCUCCUGACGACCCCACACAGUAUCCACUAUGAGCCACAUGGCCGCCAAUGGCAACCACAUACAGUAUUGAUGACAAUCCAAGAGCUUCUCCGUGGAGACCAAGAGAGUAUCCAUGACAACGACCCAAAUGCGUAUCCGUGACAACGACUUCAGUGUAUCCAUGACGACCUAGCCUGCCUGUGACGACGAACACUUCUUCACUGUCCCCUCGCAACUCUAAGCACUCUG